AUGGAUGAAAAACAUGAUCAAACUAUGGCAAUGCUCAAUGAUGAAAAUCAUCCACCACGAACAAGAAUUGAUGAUAAUCAAUCACGAUUAUCAAAAUGUUGUUCAAGUUUUCUUGGUCCUUUACGUAAUAAUUUACUUCUUACAUUGACCAUUGCCGGUGUUUUUUUGGGUUUCUUACUUGGAUUUCUUGUUCGUACGUCAAAUCCAUCCACCGAAACGAUUAUGAUUCUUUCGUUUCCCGGUGAUAUUCUUAUGCGUAUGCUGAAAAUGCUUAUUCUACCUCUUAUUACAUCCAGUCUUAUAACUGGUUUAGCUGUACUUGAUCCAAAAUCGAGUGGUAAAUUAGGUUUAUAUGCCUUAACAUAUUACUUUUGUACUACAAUACUUGCUGCUAUACUUGGUAUUAUAUUGGUACAAGUUAUUCGACCAGGUGAACGAGCAAGUAAAGUUGAAGUUAAAUCAGAUAUAAUCCGUGGUGAUCCAGCAGCUGAUCAAAUUACAACACUUGAUGCUAUAUUUGAUUUAUUUCGUAAUAUGUUUGCUGAAAAUAUAAUACAAGCAGCACUUGAACAAGUUAAAACAACAAGAGAAUAUCUAAAUGUUUCGAAUAUUAAAACAAAUACGAGUAUAACGAAAGUUAAAUUUAAUACACGUUAUGUUGCUGGAACGAAUUAUUUGGGUUUAAUUACAUUUUGUUGUGCAUUUGGUAUUACAAUUGGAACAAUGGGUAAAAGAGGCGAAUUAAUGUUACAUUUUUUUAUUAUAUUAAAUGAAAUUGUCAUGAAAUUAGUUAAACUUGUCAUGUGGUAUUCACCAGUUGGUAUUAUGUUUUUAGUUGCAGGAAAAAUUUUAGAAAUUGAAGAUUUGCUUCAAUUAGCUCGAAGUUUAGGAAUGUAUGCAUUAACUGUUUUACUUGGUUUAGCUAUACAUGCAUUAAUUACAUUACCACUAAUAUUUUAUGCUGUAACACGUCAAAAUCCAUUUGCAUUUUAUCGAGGUAUGCUUCAAGCUUGGUUAACAGGUAUUGGUACAGGUUCAAGUGCUGCAUCAUUACCUGUAACAUUUCGAUGUUUGGAAGAAACAUUAAAAUUAGAUAGACGUGUAACACGAUUUGUAUUACCAAUUGGAGCUACGGUUAAUAUGGAUGGUACGGCUUUAUAUGAAGCUGUUGCUCCUGUUUUUCUUGCACAACUUAUGGGAAGACAAUUAGGUAUUGGUCAAUUAAUUAUUGUUAGUUUAACAGCAACAGUAGCUUCCGUUGGAGCUGCAUCAAUUCCAUCGGCAGGUCUUGUUACAAUGCUUUUAGUUAUGUCAGCUGUGAAUAUACCUGCAAAAGAAAUUACAAUUAUUUUUGCUAUUGAUUGGGCUUUAGAUCGUAUUCGAACAUCAGUUAAUAUAUUAGGUGAUGGUAUUGGAGCUGGUGUUGUUAAUCAUCUAGUUCGUUCUGAAUUAGGUCCACCUGAUCUCGAAGAAACAGAAAAUAUAGAUGCACCUAUUAAAGCUCGAACAGCAUCAGAAAUAAGUACUGGUCGACGAUUGCGUAGUCGAGAUGAUUCCAAUGAAACGUCAAAGCUUUAA